AUGGCGGACCUGCAGCAGCUUUGGAUGCAGGAGGUGGUGGACUCCUUGGUGAAGAGUCUGGACAGAGAGAAUAUCUGGAAGAUGGAGGACCUCAUGUUCCUGUGCAGCGCUGGCUGUUGUGAGGACAGCCAGGUGUCCAUGCAGCAGGUGCACCAGUGCAUUGAGUGCUGCCUCACACCUCUGGCUCAAGCCCAAUCCCUGGAUACCAGCGAGCUGGAGAAGUUCCAGGACCACCUGGCAUGGUGCGCCAUGCGUUGCAAUGACAAAGCCAAAGAUUCAAUAGAUACAGGGAGUAAAGAGCUUCAGGUGAAGCGGCAGUUGGAGAGUUGUGUGACCAAGUGUGUGGAUGACCAUAUGAACUUCAUUCCAACCAUAACUAAGAAGAUAGAGUAG